AUGACCUUCACUCAAAGGCGAGACAGGCACAACCGCCUCUUUGGAGAAAGAGUCUCCUACAACAUGACACAAAUGAGGAGACAAGACGAGCAGAAUCCCCUGAGUUUUAAAACAUCACCUUAUCAUCAUAACCAUGAGAAAGAGAAGAUCCCCUCAGACUCCCAUUAUUACAGAAGAGAAAGAAGUAAUGAAAACUUCUCAAAACAUGGGAGACAUGACCUGCAAAAACAGCUUAACCCCAAGGAAGUAUCCUCCUCAGUCAGGUUACCCCAGCUCCAAUGGCGAGAAAAAGAUAAGCCAACCCAUACCAAAAACCCUGAUUCUGCUGAGUCCCUCCGAAGCAGAAGACCCCCCUUAGAAAGAAAUCUGGACAAGGAGAGUUUCCCUCCACCAAAUCCAGCUAUCCCCAAUACAGAGGAGAUAAUGGAGGAACUAACGGAUGUCACAGUCCGAUACAUUCACUGCCCAGACCCUGCAGAGAGUGCAUCAAGGAGAGGCAUAGUCAUUGAAGAAGAACCAAUAGACCUUAUGGCAAAUACUGCAACAUAUAUUAGAGAAGCAGCGGAUCCUCUUGCCUGGUUAACCAAAGCUCUGAGAACCCUGUGGAGAUUGGUUUAUCCCAAGACCUACCUCAACUUGAGAGAGACAGACCUCCACCAACUGGGGCACCACCCAAAAAAUGCAGAGGCAGGCCUGCAAAGAAGAAACCAGGAAGCAACAGCCCCAUAG